AUGGGUGCACAACAAAAACGACGUAUUCCCGGUGUCAUGGCGCCUUCUGUUCGCAGCGCCAGCAGCCCAGCACUUAUCGUUCCUCCAACUGAAGACAGCGAUGCCAAGAUCGACUUUAGUGUCGACAUUGAAGGAGUGCCCUCAUGCCAAGACGUGAUUGAUCUAUUGAAACUUAAAGAAAAGAAGGCUUUGUAUGAUUGUGUGAUCGAUGUAUGCCGUAAGGUAUUGCCUGGGUGGGAGCAAGUACAAGAGAUCUCGCUUGACCGUGUCAGUGGAGCCAUGACCAAUGCUGUUUAUUUCCUAGACAGCCCUGGAAAAUCGCGUGUAUUGCUUCGUGUCUAUGGUGUGGGUGCCGACAACUUGGUGGAUCGAAAACGUGAACUUGCUUGGCUUUCUCGAUUGUCGCAAGUCAGCAACAAUGUGAGCCCUCAACUUUUGGCAACAUUCGGCAAUGGACGUUUUGAGGAAUAUCUAGACUCCACCACCUUGACACAUGCCGAAUUAUCCGAUCCCACCACAUCAUGUCAAAUCGCUCAAGCCUUGCGUCAGUUGCAUAGUCUUGCUGAUGAUUAUCCACCUCCUACCACCAGUAAAGGUGUUCCCUUUGUUGAAAUUUGGCGCAAUAUCACCCAAUGGUACACAGCUAUACGUGAGCUCAUGAAUCAAGAUACAUGGAAAGCCAAGUUUAAAGAUUUCGAUCUCGAAAGCCUCCCUGCCGAAAUUGAACGCUGCAAGGCUAUCAUGGAGAGAUUCCCAAGUCCCACCGUAUUCGCACAUAAUGAUACCCAGUAUGGCAAUGUGCUUCGAUUAACCGAGACGGGUGAACUUGUCAUUGUCGACUUUGAUUAUGUCGGUUAUAAUCCACUUGCAUUUGAUCUUGGAAACCACCUUAAUGAAUGGAUGUACAAUUACCAUGGCGAUCAUCCAGCGGAGCCUAUGCCUGAAUACUUCCCUUCCAAAGAACAACGAUUGCGAUUCCUGAACGCCUAUAUUGGAGACAAGCCUAUUCCUGAACAUCCAUCGGUAGAAGAAUUGGAUCAGUGUGUAUUGGCUUGGGCCGUGGCGGGCCAUUUGCAAUGGGCUCUUUGGGGUGUCAUUCAAUACAGCCAGAGCGAAAUCGAUUAUGAUUAUCAUUUAUACGCCAAGGCACGCUUUGACAUUUUCAGAAAAAAAUUGGCCAACUAUCCCUAA